AUACAUAACAGACGCUAUCUAUUGAGAAAAGAAGGAAGUUGAGAGAUGAAUUAAAGGGAAAGGAAGAAAUCCUUUAUGUGGGAGUUAAAGCAGCAGCAGCAGCAGCAGCUUGUGAAGAACAAGACAUCAUUGGCAGACACAACACAUUAUCAACUGUUGCUGUUGCUGUUGGUGUGCACAGAGGAUGGUGGAUUCCGUGUGGUUGGGGAGACAGACAUGAUUUAUCCGUGUUCACAACACUACUGUUUCCCUGCCUCACCCUUAUGUACAACAACAACCACAACGCUAUCCCUUAGUACUUCUUAAUUUUCUGACACAACCCAAAAGUUUUGUCUUUAUUGCGAAAUUUGCGGCAAUCUUUGCGCUCUAACUUCUGGGGUGGCGGGGUGGAAGUAAAGUUGGUCACUUUGAGAUCUGGAUGGGGCUCAUAUGCAGAGACAACAGCAAUGAGAAAAUUGGUUUGGAUAUGGGGAGUCUUGCUCUUGAAACUGAGGAUGUGAGCUCAGAUAUAUACCUUUCCCUGGGGCUUAAGGAAUCAGAUAAAGGUGUUGGAGUUCCUCGAGUUUUGACACUCCUCUCUUCACUUCUCGAGAGAUUAGUUCAGAGAAAUGAAACGCUAUUGGAGGCAAAGCACAUGGAAGAUGUUCUUACAGUAUUUCACGGUUUAAGAGCUCCUACCUUGAGUGUUCGAAAGUAUAUUGAUCGUAUCUUCAAGUACUCAGGUUGUAGCCCUUCCUGCUUUGUUGUGGCACACAUAUAUGUGGAUAGAUAUAUUCAGCACACAGAAAUCAAUUUGACUUCACUCAAUGUUCACCGGCUUCUGAUAACAAGCAUUAUGCUAGCAGCAAAGUUUAUGGAUGACGCAUUCUACAACAAUGCUUACUAUGCAAAAGUUGGAGGAGUAAGCACAUCUGAAUUAAACAGGUUGGAGAUGAGCUUUCUGUUUGGUAUAGAUUUUAGACUUCAGGUUAGUAUAGACACGUUUGGAAGAUAUUGUAGGCAAUUGGAGAAGGAAGCCACGGAAGCAGUCCAAAUCGAAAGGCCAAUGCAGGCGUGUCGAAUUAAAGAAAGUUGGUCAAACAAAGAUGAUCCUACAUGUGCUUCCACAAUUGCAAGAUGAAAAUGUGCCAGCAUCAUUGUAAUAUUGCUGUUCCACAAGUAAACGAGAAAAUGAAAUUUGAAGUGUUUCAAAGAAGAAAAAAAGAGAGAAAAGAUUGUUGUAUACUCCCCAUUGGAAAUUCAACCAUUUUUUUUUACGGAUUGUAGUGAUUGGUGGUGCUUUCUUUGUAGUUUUAUUCUGUUUUUUGUUUUGUCUCCCGUUUGUAAUUGCAAGCUUGUAACCGGAUAGAGAUUGUGAUGAAAUUUUAUCACUUACAAUUCGUUCUA